AUGUCGCUCAACAGACGAGGAAACAAGCCCUAUAGGAAGGAAAAACAAGCUGGUAUUGAGAGUUUUUUCUUCUCAGGUGGUUCCUUGAAGAAACGCUCCGAGCCGUUGAAAGAGGUUCCAUUGCCUAUCUCCAAUGCUAACACUAAGGACAUUUUCAAGACAUUGUCAGGCACUUCAAGUCAAAGUUUUGAGGACAAUGGUGAUUGUGAUUUACAAGAAAUAAGCAUGCCCAAAAAUUUCAGAGUUCAGAGUGUUCCGAGACCAGCUGCAUUUUCCAAGAAAGUAUCAACGAGCUCCAUCUCCAGGCAGCAACUGAAGAGGCCGUUUGAUAGCAUAGGAUCGUACUCGAGCACGCAACAGAAGGACGAGGAAGAGCCUGAGAUUGUUAUUGUUUCCAAACUCAAACCUUCGCUGGUUUUGACCAAUCAUGGGACAUUUAGCCAACAUUUGGGAUCCAAGCCAGCAUCGCCAGCUGCUGAAAAGUCGCCUCAGCCCUCGUUUGAUUUCGAAGGACUUAUGUCUUCAGUCAAGCCUCGAGCCCCCAAAAAGUUGGCAAUAAAGUACAAGCCCAUGACGAAGUCUUCUUCGUCAAUGUUUCAGUGGAGUGCUGAGCAACAGGCUGUGAUCGAUUGCGUGUUGGACCAGGAUCUUAAUGUGUUUUACACUGGUUCCGCGGGUACUGGUAAAUCUGCACUCACGAGAGAGUUGAUCCGUCAAUUGAGGCAGAAGCACGGCGAAUCUGCUGUGGCUGUCACGGCAUCAACAGGCUUGGCUGCAGUUAAUAUUGGGGGUACCACUCUUCAUAAGUUUGCCGGCAUAGGUAUUGGGGUUGGCGAUGCUAAGCACCUAGUUGGAAAGGUCCUAAGUAACAAUCAGACAAAACAGGUCUGGAACCAGACAAAGGUGUUGAUUAUAGACGAAAUUUCAAUGGUUGACGUUACCUAUUUCGAGAAGUUGGAUGCAGUUGCGCAGGGUGUGAGAAAGAUCAGAAAGCCAUUUGGCGGUAUACAAAUUGUGCUUACUGGGGACUUUUACCAGCUUCCUCCGGUAUCCCAGAACACCCAAAAAAAGUUUUGUUUCCAGUCGACAGUUUGGAGCCAGUUGGUGCAGAAAACAGUUCUUCUCACAGAGGUUUUUAGACAGCAGGGAGAUCAACGGUUGAUCCAUAUGUUGAAUGCCGUGCGGGUGGGUCAGUUGACUCCAGAGAUCAUCCAGGACUUCAAAAGCUUAUGUAGACCAGUGGUCUAUGAAGAUGGGAUUAUGCCCACCGAACUGUACCCUCUGAGACACGAAGUACAGAGAGCCAACGAGAAUAGACUGAGACAGCUUGAAGGAUUCCCUCGCACUUACACAGCCAAAGACAUGCUUAAACAGAGUCAGAAUCCGGGAGAUCUUGUUCAAUUAGACAAAACAGUCAUGGCAGUAAAAGAGCUGGUUUUGAAGAAAGGUGCUCAGGUUCUCAUGCUGAAGAACAUGGACGAAUCUGUGGCCAACGGUUCCAUAGGAAAGGUGAUGUUCUUUCUUCCAACAGGCAUCUGGGAUGCUAUCAGAGAGACACUUUCGGAGAGAGAGAUGGAAGAUCAGGACAUUCUUAAUGGAGUUGACUGCAUCAGUGCUAUAUUCGAUAACGCUCCAGAAGAUGUGCUGGAUUCCAUGUGGAACAGUCUCAAGGAAAGUGUUAGAGAAAGGCUUCUCUUCCACUGGAGCUUCUCCCAAAAUGUUCCCAAAAAUACGCCCGUGUAUCCAGUAGUUAGAUUCAGUCUUGGGUCUCAUACUUCUCGGAGCGCUUUUAGGGCUAUCACACCAGACACAUUUGUGUUGGAAAGCCCAGGUAAAACUUUGGCUGAGAGAGAACAGCUGCCUCUUCUUCUGUCGUGGGCUCUCUCUAUUCACAAAUCUCAGGGACAAACUCUUCCAAGAGUCAAGGUGGAUUUAGGAAGAAUUUUCGAGGAUGGUCAAGCGUAUGUUGCGUUAUCCAGAGCUGUUUCUGCGGACACACUGGAGGUAAGGAACUUUGAUCCUUCGAAAGUGAGGGUAUCCAGACUGGUGGCCGAGUUCUAUCAGAGAAUGGGCAAGGCCUAG